GUAAAACUUGUCCAGAAAGCCCGGCCCGGGGAGUGAGCGCGUGAGCAGCAGCAGCAGCAGCAGCACCAGCACCAGCACCGGGAGGAUUUAAAAGCUUAGGACAGAACGAGGCUUCUCUCAGUCAGUCAGUCAGUCCGGUCAGUCACGGGGGUGUGAGUGGGUGGGGGUGGCGGGGGGGGAAAGACUGAGUUGAUGAAAGGAUCAAAGCUGCAAUCUCCACCGGCUUCGCCAGUCAGUUCAAACACGGCGCCUUCUUCACUCGUUAAAUUAUUCUAGUUCAGCAGUACCUAUUUCAGACUUCACUGAAUGCGAAGAUUGUUAUAAAGAAAACACGUAUAAUACUUGACAUUUCUCUAUUUGUGCUAAUUUACCUAUUUUUGCUGAUUUGGGGAAAUGGAAUACUUCAAAGCAGAUAUAAAGCGUGAUGUGACAAAUGAAUUGGAUACAGAUGACAGUGAAGACCUUUUAGAAAAAAUGAAUGAUUAUCAAUUCACCAGAUUUGUGGAGAACCGCUGCGUUAAUUUGCAACAAUCGAGCAACAUCCUAGAUGAGGACUGCAUCAAACAAAGACCAGAGAAUUCUUUAGUAUGGGAAAAAUCCUUUGAGCACAGUAUAUUUCUGGAUGUGGAUGAUGAUUUCAACUUAAAUUUUAGUGAAGUAUGUGAUUCUUAUGCUAUCUUCCUUUCUCAGUCAUCAGCAGAAGAUGAUAGCCUUAACAUUACUGCAGAUGAUAUUGACAAGAUUGAAAAUGAAUAUGAUGGCAGUGAUGAGGAUGAAAUACAAACCACUGAAGAAAUUGGAUAUGAACACAACCAAGAUAUCCAUAGUCUUAGCUAUUCAGACAAACAUGAUGAAACAAAAGAUAAUUUGGAAAGUAGUUUUCAAGACGACAAACUGCCAGAGAUGGCUGGCAAUACCACUGAUGAGGAGCAGGAAGAGCUGCCAUAUGAUGGUAACUUACAGAAUGUUAGUGAACAUCCUACAGAUGAGAAUCCUGAUUUAGUUGAUUACAUGCCACCAUUAACUAGACUUGUUUGUAACCAGUCAGGUCAUGUGCCUGUUAGCAGGGUGAUCCAAACUAUCCCAUUUACAGAUCAAAGAUCAACUGUAGAAAAUUCAUUCUUUCAACAAAAAGUACCUGACAAUGAAAUGAGUACAGACACUGAAGCUUCUAGCCAUAGAAAUAAAAGUGAACCUAAUACCUUUUUGUCAGAGGAUACAGCUGAUAUAUUGGUAUCCAAGCACGGAACUAAAUUGGAAAAUAGCUUGUCAGUUGAACACAAUCAGCUUAAUGAUGGAAGAUCGAACAUUGCUGAAUCACUCCUGCGUUACUUCUCUGAAGAAGACCUGGCACUUGGUUCAACUAUGUACAUUGACUCUGAGACUUUACCAGAAACCUCUUUCACGGAUAGUAUUGAGGAAACUGUAAUUAAAAACCAUAUUUCAUCAGUCGCCAGUAAUGAUUUACAUAUAAACAUUAACAAAUUUACAAAGUCAGAAACAGACCUUUCAAGGAAACAAGAGCUAGGUAGCAAAUUUGCAAAUGAAGAAAAAGUGUUAGAAGAUGAAAAUGAUUCACACUACAGUAGCUCUGCUCAGGGGAUCAUGAAAAGUAAUUGCACCUAUGAACUGGAAAAUUCAUCAAAAAUAGCACAGAAAGAGAACACAGAAGCACCGCUUAGUCUUGAAACAAUAUCAGAAAUUGCUCAAAAUCCUAUGUUAAAAAUGGGAAGAACAAUUUCUUAUAAUGAUAUCAAAUAUGGUAGAGGGAAACAACAUUAUCCUCUGCCUGACUUUUCCAAAGUUGAACCCAAGGUCAAAAUUCCCAAGAGGAAUACUUCUAAUAAUCGUAAUCCAGAAAAACCAAUAAUAAAAAAAACAAAAUGUUCACCCAGCUCGCCAGAAAAUUCCCAUGCCAUUCAUAAAUCAACUAUUGAUGUAGUACGAGAGAUACUGGAUAGCACACAAUCUUCAGUAAUUCUUACAAGAUCAGAAGUGAAUAACAAAAAACAAUCUGUGGGAGCGAAUCAUACCCCAGAACUUUUUCAACAAAUGCAGGAGGAGUUUGACAAGCUAUUAAUAAAAUAUGCAGAAGCUGAGAAUACCAUUGAUCAGUUGCGGUUUGGCGCUAAGGUAUCUGCAUACUCUGAUUCAAGUCAAAAUCAAACAAUUCAAUCUGGAACUUUGUCACCAUGCUGUCAAAUAACCAAUUUGACUGGUCCUCAGCAACAUCAAACUCAGCCAGGAUCUACCUCUGAUGCAGUCAUGCUCUUCCCUUUAGAAUCAGCAUAUGACAACUGUCCAAUGUCAUUAUCGGUUAUUUUUGCUGGAACCCAAGCAAAUUUGUGCCAACCUGUUGCUGAGGUUUACAAGACAACAGAAGCAGAACGAAUGGCUCAGGAGCUAAAUAAGCACAUUGAAUAUUUUAAACAUCAGGUUGAAGACUUUCAGAAGUGCCUUAACUCUAGAUCAAUUUCUGUAGAAGAUGUGCAAUGGGAAUUUAAGAAACUGAAAGAUGGCCAAGACAAACUAGAAAGGAGCUACAUUGCAAAUAAAGAUGAGCACCGCAGUCUGCAGCAACGCCACUACCUGGAUAAAAAUAUCGCUGUUGGGGAGUUUGACCCAGAGAGUCGUGAUCCGGAACCUAAUAAAUUGAGCAGCAUAAAACUAAGUCCAAAUGAUGACUGA